UACAGUUCCCAUGAUGCCCCGGCAGUCAAACUGCGUACGCAAUGCUCCCACGCCUGCUGCGGCGUUCACAGAUGUAUAAACAAUAAAGCUACACCGACAGAUCUGCAAAAGGCAAAGGGGAAAUCCACAUGGUUUUCAGAGCUGCUAAAAUGCCGGGCCGUCCCUGAACGUAACCUCAGUUUAUACUUGGCUUAAAGGAGACGCAACAAAGCGCACAACAUGGCUGUGCACCGGGCCCGGGCGAAGAACUCAGAGGACACCAAAAAACCUGCCACAGAUUCUCAAGCUCUACCCUCCAGACGCCCCCCAGCCCAGAGCCGUGCCAAGCCCCCGUCUGGCAGGGCCGUCCGUGGCUCUGCCAAGCCUGUGUGUAAGACUGAACCCGGGAUGGAGAAUCCAGCUGCAGUGGAAGAAGAUGUAAAAAAUAAAGACAACUAUGAAAUUCAAAAGAAAGAGGAGGGCACAGAGGACGUCGCCGAGCCGGUCUUGGAUGAUGAAAACCCUCCGUUUGGGGAUGACCCGAACGACCUCAGCUUCCAGCCGCAGAGUCACAGUGGUGCAGAGGAAGAAGAAGGUAUCAGCAGCGAUGGAGAGCUUCCCUUUACAGAUGACCUUAAUGACCAGAGCUACGACCCGAACGCUGAGCGGGAUGUCCCCAAACCAAAGCGCAGAGCUCCUCCAAGACCAAAGGAGAGGAAAGAAAAAGAGAGGGCACCGAAAAAGGAGAAAGAGGUCGCCGAGAUAAAGAUAGAGGGUUUGGAUAACGUUGAGAGUUUGGAAGAGGAAGUAAAGCAAGAGGAAGAACUAGUGGAGGACCCAGAUGGACCCAGGAAGAGAGGCCGGCGGAAAAAAGAUGACAAAACCCCACGUCUGCCAAAGAGGAGGAAGAAGCCCCCGGUGCAGUACGUACGCUGUGAAAUGGAAGGAUGCGGGACGGUCCUGGCUCAUCCUCGCUACCUGCAGCACCACAUAAAGUACCAGCACUUGCUCAAGAAGAAAUACGUCUGCCCUCACCCCUCUUGCGGACGGCUUUUCCGACUACAGAAGCAGCUGCUUCGCCACGCAAAGCACCACACAGACCAGAGAGACUACAUCUGUGAGUUCUGUGCUCGUGCCUUCAAGAGCUCCCACAACCUGGCUGUGCACCGAAUGAUUCACACAGGAGAGAAGCCCCUGCAGUGUGAGAUCUGUGGCUUCACGUGUCGCCAGAAGGCGUCCCUCAACUGGCACAUGAAGAAGCACGACGCUGACGCCACCUACCAGUUCGCCUGCUCCAUUUGUGGCAAGAAGUUCGAGAAGAAAGACUGCGUGGUGGCCCACAAGGCCAAGAGUCACCCCGAGGUGCUAAUUGCCGAGGCUCUGGCAGCCAACGCAGGCGCCCUCAUCACAACCCCUGCCUCCCUGUUGGAGCUGCAAGGAAACCCCAUGCAGGCGGAGGUCGCCGGCCUUGAUGUGAGCCAAAUGGGGCAGGACGUGCAGGUGGACCAGCUGAGGCAUGAGGGUCAAGUGUCUCAGAUGGGUCACGUUACCCAACAGGUGAGUCACCAGGUGGUUUUACUGGGACAAGACCAGAGCCUCCACACAAUGCAGGUGCCCGUGACGAUUGCCCUGUCCCCCGUCGACUCGCCUUCACCAGCCGACAACCCGCAGCAGGCACACCUCCAGCUCCAGAUGCCCGUCCAGUUUGUGCAGGCUGCUCAGCAUCCCCAGAUCCAACAGCUGACCCUCCACUCCAGCCAGGUGGUGACCCAGCAUCAGCCCCAGCUGCACCCUCUGCAGUCAUACUCCUCCCAUCAGCAGAGCCAGGGGCAGACACAAAUCCUUCAAAUGACCUUCCAGCCGGUCAGCCAGUCUCAAACCCACAUUCAACAGAUCCCCAUUCUCUCCACCUCUCAGGAGCUUCAGACCCUACAUACAGCCGCCAUGAGCUCCCCUCUCCUGUCCCCGUCCCACACCCAGCCCCAGGACCCGGCGUCAACUAACGGGGACAGCUUUAUUCUGGACAAUCCAGUGCUCUCGUCGUCCCCUCGGUCGGCCAGCUCCCUCGUGCAGACAGACGUCAUGUUGGAGGAUGGCGCAGUCUGGGAGCAGGAGGGACACAGGGACGUUCUGUCGGACAGCACCGAGAGACACGUGCAGCAGAGUCUCAUGUGAAAGAUAAAAGAUGGUGUGUGUGCAAAAACAGAUGAUAGAUAGGUCGUCAUCAGUGACCUGAUAUACUGCAUUGCAAUGUUUGAGGUAAAUGUAGGAUCACACAUGUAUUACGUACCGUUCACUCAGUCAUAUUUGGUAGCUUUUUAGAAUAUCUGUAUCAGGGAAAGACGUGUAUGUGUCCGUAUUUGUAAGCUGUUGCCUUUGUACAUAAGUCCUGUAAACUAAACUAGCCUUUUAUGUGAGUGUGUUCAACGAUGCAGAGGUUAUGUUGCAAAGCUGUUGCUAUCUUGCAAUAAUAUAUAGCAUACCUCUCAGUAAUAUACAGCACACAGCUAGUGUGUGUUCCUAAUUAAAUAAAUCAGCUCUAUUUAUAUCAUGAAUUAACACGAAACAUUAGAAAGCUAUAAACCGACCCCAACUUGUGUGGGGUGAGAAAACUGUUAAAAUGAACAGGCAGCUUCUUUUCUUUUUCUUUCAUUUAGUGUCGAGGUCUACUGUAAAGCCUUUAUUUCGGAGGUUAAAAGAAAAAUAUGACAGAAAACUACCUUAAGAGAAACAUUUCAAAACCUAAAAAGGAAAAACAAGAUAUUUUACAGCUCUGUAAAAAGUCAUAUUAUGCAUAUUUUAGCUAUUUUGGCAGUGCCAAUAAACCCGUUUCCAUCGGCAGUGGUUUAAGCUGGGCUUUCGUAGACAUUAAAGGAAUGAUCCACGUACUGUUUAUACUACUCACAAAAGUCUUUGGCCGUUAUAAGAA